ACUGGAGCUUCACUCUGGAGGUGGAAAGUGAGCAGGGAGGGUUGGUCAACGUGGCACCAAGGGACGCCCCCUCGACCCCCUGUAUUUACCAACAACAGGCGUCUAUUUUCCAACACUGUACCGUCCUCGCACACGGACUCUCUCUGAGAAAACUUCCCUCUACCUCGACUAAUAAAUGCCAAGAGAAACAACACAAGCGCCAACAGAUAAGGAUCGCUGUUCAGAAGUGGAGAGAAAGACGAAGAGUCGGACAAACACGUAGAGAGAAAAAAAAAAUCAACAAAAGCGCACGGAUCGUCGCCGUUGCCUUUUCUCAAUGCAUACCCUUUGUGCCCGGGGAACGAUGAAGCCAGAGAUAAACGCCGCCGUCGGAUUUCUGUCGAGAUUUCUGAGGGUAAAAGGACACGUAAACGAUCGACAGGUCCAAACAUUCAGCCAAAGCUUACAGGACAUUUUGGCAGAGCAAUAUAAGCACCACUGGUUCCCAGACAGGCCCUGCAAGGGCUCAGGUUACCGCUGCAUUCGCAUCAACCACAAGAUGGACCCACUGGUGGGGGAGGCAGGCCAGCGCAUCGGCCUGACCAUCCAGCAACUCUACCUGCUGUUGCCCAGUGAGCUCACACUCUGGGUGGACCCCUUCGAGGUGUCCUACCGCAUCGGCGAGGACGGCUCCAUCUGCGUCCUGUACGAGUCGCAGCCCAACCCCGUAGGAAUGCCGACAGCCGCCACCGCGAGCUCCCCCUCAGGAAACAGCGGGUCGGUGAGCCCCAUGGUGGACAGUCACAUCAGCUGCAAGGAGGAACUGAUGGUGCUGGGCAGAACCAGUCCCUCCAAAGCCUACAAUAUGAUGACUGUGUCCAGUUAAAGAGGCACACCGUCACCCCGGCCUACUUUUCAGGGUCACGCCAUGCCUGGUCAGAUCAUAUGACCAGGUCAGGGUGAGCCUUUUUAAAGCUAAGAAUAUGAAAUGAUAGUGAAAGAAGAAAAAAGAAAAAGAAAAAAAAAAACAGAGGAUGUGGCCUAUCGUCCAGGUGAUGGAAACCUUGUAGGUUUUAUAUUUUUUACCCCCCUCCCCCCAUUGUCAUCUGUUCUGUUGUGUCAUUGGAUCAGCUGGGCACUCCAUUUUUUAGGAGAGGCUUUGUGGAAAUGGAACUGUUGGGGCAGCUAAACCAACCAUCCAAACAGGAACCCCAUGGAGACUGGCUCCCCCUCCCCCCGCGACUGUAAACAACACGGUGAUCAGCUCCAUCUCUGAAGGGGCUAUCAUUGACUUUGCACUUUUCUUACUUAUGGUAACUAUGGGUACAUGUUCAACACACCACCGCAAAACACCAAAACCCAAAUUGUAAGGAAUUUUUACCGGGAACUACCCCUUGAAUUACAAAAUCCAGAGGUUUUUCAAUUUGCUGUUUCUCAUUUCUUUUGUUUCCUGGGUGGGGAGGAAGCUGAGGUUCAGGCUGUGCCUAUUACAUUCCAAGCUCAUGGUAAAGAAACACCCAAUAAGAGCAUCUCUAUUUUCUAUAAAGACCCCUUUUUGGACCACAGGGAUUUAGUUUUCUUUAUCGUGUAGCUGGAGAAAGGCUUUCAGUCUUAACUUCUUCUCCUCCCCCUUCAACCAUCACCACCCAGCUUUAGAAAACAAACAUUCAUCUCAACCUUCUCUCGGCCUGUAUGUAAGUGCAAGUGGAAUGUGUUGUGACACCUGUUACCUAUGGAUACCAGUGUGUCCCGUUGCACUGUCGCCCUCCCAUCACCCAUGCAUGUGUAGCUUUCUGGGGGAGCGCAUGGGGACCUGUCUCCUCCCCCCCUCCCCCUAGUUAAUGAAUGUUGUUGAAAUUCACAAUCAAGUUCCUGUGUUGUUAACUUUAGCCCCCUUUCCCCCCCACCACUUUGUCAUCUCCCGCAUCACCAAAAUUCAAAGUGUAGCAAAGGGGGUCCUAUUUUACCCAAAUUUUGGUCACGUGGCCCUGUUAGAAUUGACAUUGAAUGCACUUUGACGUGAGAUUGUGUGGGAUGUGUACUUUUUAGAGAAAAUCGCCUGCAUUCCAUCCAUUCGAAUGUCAUGAUUUCACGCCGUUUUUAUUGCCCUCCCCAUUUUUAGCCGUUUGUUCAUACUGUAGCUCCCACGUGGGGAUAGACUGAUGUCUAUCAGGUCGGGAGUGUGCAACUCUGGAUUUCAAAACCUUUUUUACACUGUAUUUGUGAACAUUUCAGAGCUGUUGAUUUUAGGUGGAGAGUAUUUUUGGUGGUAUGUUAGAAACAUUCGGUCAUCCGUUCAUAUGGCACUGUUCGCUCUGGCAGGAUGCAGAGCUAAGCUGUCCCCUCCCCCCCAGACACACACAGAUGGUGAUUUGGUGAUUCGUGUUGCUGACAGAAAAAAAAAAGUUAGUCAGAAAGGUCUGGACUAAGUGAUGACUGUGUGAGACUUUGGCCAAAGGGAGGUCUGGAGCACCGACUGUUCAGAGAUUAAUUUUAACUUGAAUUAAAAACAACACCAGGCCUUGUCAGCCUUCUAUUUUCAUUUGCAUUAGCUAUUUCCAAGGUCUUGUAAAAGGGAGAGACUUAUCCUUCUGUGUGCAUUGGAGGUGCAUUGCCUUACAGAGACCUCAUUGUCAUGAAUUAUGAGCCAUUCGUGAUUUUAAACUAAUAUCAGGCUUAUGUGAGCCAGCCUGGUGCAUCGUGCUGCCUGGACCCUCACUGGAGGUGUCAUCUUUCCAGCCUGGCAGCUUCAAAUCCCCCCCACCCCUGCUGGUGUGGGGGUUAGAGUGCCUCAAGUGCCACAUAUCACCCCUCAGCUCAGACCUCCUGUUCAGCCAAAAGCAAGCCAGCAUGCUGCUAGCUGACCCCCUGUGGAUGCAGGUAGACUUAAUGUGACACAUAUCAUCAUCCAUUACUGCGGGGAGCUGGGUAAGGAAGGCAGGGACGGGGAGAUGGUGUGAGAGAGGGGGGUCCAGGGCCGGACUCUCUUUGUCCAGGGCAGCUAAAAUCCCUCCAGCCCCCCCUCUGGACUUAUUCAGCAUCCCCAACCCUGACCGGAAGCCCUCGACCCUCCCUUAGCAGUGAUGGAUAAAAACCAGCACACGCGCUUGGCGUGCUCAAGCUGCACUAGGGGGGCUAGUGAGAGACGAGGAAACAUGGAUCACAGAUGAAGAACUGAGGGUACUAGGCCAUUGUUUUCUGUUUUCAUCUCACUGGAUUGCGCUGCAAUUGAUUACUGAGUUUGAGUAGCAACUGUUUACAUGCAUAUGAAAGGAUGUGUGAUGGCUGUCUGACGUACCCCCACUUCACUCCCGGUUCUGGGCUUGAGUGGUUAACAGCAAGCUGGAACAGAUGCUGGGACGGCUACCGGUGUUGCUCGGGCCUUAGCCCGUGGCCAAAUCUGUCACGGCAGGCUGGUUCACUGCUCAUCACCAGACCUAUGGGUGUUUAAGCUCCCCUAAGCCUGAGAGGAUCAUGGGUAAUAGAGCUAUAGCCUUUGACGCACUGCAACCCCCUAACCCCCCUUCCCCUGCUCUCUGCUGAUACUCCCUUCAGCAAUCUGUGAAAAGCAGUGGUUCCAUGUUGGCCAGAUGGAGAGGAGCUCGCUGGGAAGGGAGCCCAGAGCUUUGGUUUCCAUGGUGGACACCAGUUUGAAAAUCACACUGCUCCAUUAUAGCUUUUUUUUAUGUCAUGUGACAAGAUGUUUUGAGAUUGGUCUAUAUUUCGGACGCGGGAUGAUCAUCUCGUCUCACUUUCCUCUAGAUGUAUUUUAUGGUCACACUGGUAGAUUUCCUCAUCCUUCCACUCUGCCACCCCCAUCCCUCUUUAUCCUCUUUUUAAGAGGAUUUUUGGUCUGGUGAUCUAACCCACUUUUAACUUUGUUUUUAGAGCUACGAAAAAAAUUCAAAAAAUUAAACCCAAAUCCCCUUUGACACCUUCUAAACUGUACUACCACCAUCCGAAAUGGUUUAAGUCCUCAGUAAUGGUAAUUUAUUUAAAUGGCAUCCAUUCAGCUUGUGCGCACAUAGGUUACAGAAUUGUCGUGAGAGUGCUUUGAGUAGUCAGAGGUAAAAUAGCACAUAAAAUGCACUAAAUAUGUCAAGUUGAAGUUGUGUGACAUUUUUUUUGAGACGCGAGGAGUCUCUCCUGGAAUGUAUUGCCAAACUCAGGCCUCGGACAUUCAAUAAAUACCCUUAUGGAAAAUUUGUGCAUGUUAAGACAUGAAACAGGAAGGGAACAGCAGUUUUGUUGUUGUUUUUGUCGUCAAUAUUGUCAUCGAUUAGUUGAAUUAUUGCCACUUUCACAUUUAAGGUGUUUUACAUAUAGUAGAAUGUAUUGUAACUGUACAACAAAUGGUAGAGUACAUAACAUUACACAUGGGAAGUGCCAAUAAUUGCUAUCCUGAGGUGUUUUUAGAUGUAUUCCUUUUUCGUAUUUCAUCUUUUAACAUGGAUAAUGCUUUUCGUAAGUGAAGCCAUUUGUGAUGGGAGUGUUGGCAAGGACCAAAGUUGUUUUGGUAAAAAAUAUUAGUUUCCAUGAUCUGUAAGUGUAGACGUAUCCUUUGUUUUUUUUUUCUUUUCUUUUCAGUUUUUUCUCCUUUUUUUUUUUUCUAUUUACGUACAAAACCAUAAAAUACACAAAAAAAAUCUGAGCUUACCCAAGAAGAAAAGCUGUCUAUCUUGUGAUCUCAUGUCAGUACAUCUUUAUCGUGUUAAGUUUUUUUUCCUUGGGUAUGUUGUGAUGAACUGCUGUAAAUUUGUACAGUUCAUGUAAAUUGAUUGUGCGGAAGUUGUACAGAUUUCUAUAUUUUGGAAGAAAAGUUUUUUUUUCUCUGUAAUAAAAGAUUUCCUAUCUUGGCAUCAUA